AUGAGCUUUUCAGCGGGGGGUUUUCUCUCCACCUCGGAUGGGUUCUGCUCCACAGAGCAGCUCCAGUACUACGACAUGGUGGCCGACCCUCUGGGAUAUCCCCUGCAGGACCCUGACCUCCAGCUGCUCCCUUACGGCCAGCAGCAGUACCUCCCCUCCAACCUGCCCUUCUCCCUUUACGGCUCCCCCCCUUCCUCCACCCCCUCUCCUUCCUCCUCUUCCUCAUCCUCUCAGUUCUGCCACCCUCCCCACCAGUACAGCCCUCAGUUGCUGGACGCCCCCUGCACCUCCAGCCCGGAGCCCUUCUGCGGGGGCUAUUCCCAGGGGCCCGGCGCGGGGGGGCUGCUGCCCCUCGGACGGAGGUCCCGGUUGGGGGCCGGAGGGAAGGUCAGAGGUCAGGACGAGCUGUGCGUGGUGUGCGGCGACAAAGCGUCGGGGUAUCACUACAACGCUCUCACCUGUGAGGGAUGUAAAGGUUUCUUCAGGCGCAGUGUGACCAAAAAAGCCGUGUAUCACUGCAAGAGCGGCGGCGGCUGCGAGAUGGACAUGUACAUGAGGAGGAAGUGCCAGGACUGCCGGCUGAGAAAGUGUCGCGCCGUGGGAAUGCUGGCCGAGUGCCUUCUGACAGAGGUGCAGUGCCAGUCCAAACGGCUGAGGAAAGGCGGCAAAGGGAGGGGGCCGGAGGAGGAGGAGAGCACGGACAGCCGGAGGGUCAGCUCCACCAGCAGGCUGCCCGGGCAGGCUGUGUCUGCCAGUCUGACUCGAGAGCAGAAGUUCGUGGUGGACAGGAUGGUGGACGCUCAUCGUCUCUACAGAGGGCCGGACGGCGGCAGUCAGACGAUGUUUGAGUGGCCGUGCGCAGCAGAGGGGGAGGCCCCGCCAGAUGUUCUGUCGCCGCACCUCCAGAGACUGCUGCAGUUUGCCCGGACAGUGCCAGGGUUCGACCUGCUGGACUUCUCUGACCAGAGCGCCCUCCUGUCUGCCUCCUCACUGGAGGUCAUGUUCCUGCUCUCAGCGCAGCAGUUCUCCAACAACCCGGCGAGCCCCAGUCCAGUCCUGCAGCUUUUCAGCACGUCAACACACAACUGGAUCCGAAAUGGAGAAUCCAAAGAAUUCCUCCAGAGCAGGAGUCUGAUGGCUGCAGGCAGCGGCGAGGAUCUCCUGGGGCCCGUGCUCAGCUUCCUGCACAGCAUGGUGACGCUGCAGGUGACGGAGGCCGAGUACGCCCUGCUCACGGCCACCGCUCUGCUCUGCUCAGACCGGGCGUCCCCGCAGGCCGCCGGCCGCGUGGAGAAAAUGCAGGAACUGAUCCUGGACCUUAUGUCCAAAGUGUGUGGGGCCCAGGCUGGAGCUGCGCGAGGGGCCCCGCAGCGCUUCGGCCGGCUGCUGGGCCGGCUGACCGAGCUCCGGACCGUCCACCACAACUACCUCCUCCUGGAAAGGCAGCAGCGGGGCCUCUGA